AUGGAACGGACAACAUCUGUGAUAUUUAUCAUCGGCGCCCCUGGCGCUGGAAAGGGUACCCUGUGCAAGAAUCUGGCCAGAGAUUUCGGCCUCAAACACGUUUCUGUUGGAGAUGUGCUGCGAAAAGCCGUUCUGGAGCCAGACGUCGACAACACCAUUCUGAAAUAUGUCCAGACUUCCGAACUCUUACCGACAGAGCUGCUGUUCUCAGUCCUGAAUCCGCAUCUACUCUCCGGAAAGGAAGGACAUGCCCACAUAAUUCUCCUGGAUGGGUUCCCUCGCCAGUUGGAUCAAGCAAGAUCCUUUGAAGAAGAAAUAGACACGAGCGGGACCACGGACACCUCUUACGAAAAGCUGCUGAAUAUUUUGAAGACGAGACACGAAUGGAAGCCUUAA